CAGCGUUAAUCUGGUCUACGCUCGGGCACGGAUAAGUAUAACCUCCUCGUGUUUCGGACAAUUAGAGAGGAGGACUUGUCUAUCUAACCGACCGUCUAUAAGCCAGCCAGAAACCCGCCCAGUGAUGAGAGCUUUUGUAGUGGUGAUAGCGGUGGUGGUGGUGGUGGUGCUGGAGUUGGGGUCAUCAAGGGCGUCUCGAAGGACCUACCCGACGAGUGAGGAGGAGCCCCGUCGGCGCCUAUGCGGGUGGAGGCUGGCCAACAAGCUCAAUCUGGUGUGUAAAGGCGUGUAUAACAACCCAGGGUCUACCGGUAACUACCUCUUCUACAGGAGCAGACGAGACGGGGAGAGUGAGCCGGGGCUGCCACCAGAGAAGUACCUGGACCUGUUGGCAGACCCAGAGGAGGAGAGAGGGCUGAGGCACCAUUACUUAACCUCCUCACAACAAGCCUCUGAGGACACCCCCAGUGAGGAAAAUGAAGCACCUGGGAGCUUCUUUGGGUCUCUCUCUCCUCAGGACUUGCCUCACCAAUCUGCCGUACAAGAAGAUGAAGCCUCGAGUGUCCACUUCCCAUUUCUGACAGAGGAGGAGGCGUCUCAGAUGGUCAGGGUGAGGCCGCGGUCCAAAAGAGGAUUGUCGGCUGAGUGUUGCCGGAAGGUGUGCACAGUGUCGGAGCUGGUGGGCUACUGCUACUGACCUGCACCCUCACAGUGCUCAGUUCAUGACGGGUAUCAUGGUGAAUCUAGUCAUAGAAUUAAUAGCCUAAACUCUUUUGUGUCCUAGUAAAAUAUUUAUGACAUUUAUGAAGCGGAAAACUUGAUUUAACACUUGGCGACUUGUGUAGAAAAGAGCAACGGUAUGGUGAAGUCAUCAACGAAUAGAAGUGAAUCCCAUAAAAUAGUUGUCUGACAUACACAACAGACAAUAUUAUAAUGUGUAACUUAUUUCUUAGUGUUGUGGAAUAUUUAAUGGUACAUGAAACACUACAGGAGUACUUAUAACACUACAGGAGUACUUAUAACACUACAGGAGUACUUAUAACACUACAGGAGUACUU